CAUUCGCAAGGUGUUUACAAAUUGGGUUGUGAUUUUUAGGGAAGCUUAAAGAGGGGAUAUAUCACGAAAUGGCAGAGGAAGUGAAAAAGCCGAUGACAGACGCUGAACGCUUAGAAUUAGCUGCAAAACUAGACAGAGAACUUGAUGAAUUCAUCAACAGCUUGGAAAAAAGACAAUACACAGAAGGGUGGCCGGAAGACCGAUGGCAGGAGGAAAUGGACAAGCAUCCGUUCUUUAUGAAGAAGCCUCCAGAACCAGGAGAAGAGUUGCAUCCCCUUCUCGAGGGCCUGCAACAGCUGAAAUAUGAUCCAGAGGAGAACACCACCGAGGAAUUGGCCACCAAAUACAAGGAGGACGGGAACUUCUACAUGAAGACCAAAAAAUUUCGCUUAGCAAUCAUGUGCUUUACGGAAGGACUCAAAAUAAAGUCAGCGAAUGCUGAACUGAAUGCCGCUCUCUAUAAUAACAGGAGCGCGGCUCAAUUUUUCCUGAAAAAUUAUCGGUCAUCACUACAAGAUGCAAAGAAGGCUUUAGAACUGAAACCAGAUUACGCGAAAGCCAGGUGGCGAGCCGCGCAGUGUGCCCUCCACACCGAGAAGUUCGACGACUGCAUUAGGUACUGCGAUGAAAUUUUAGACAAUGAACCGGAAAACGAAGCUGCCCUCGAACUGAUGGAGAAAAGUCGCUCCAAAAAGUUGGAAGCCGAGCGAGAUGAACGAAAACGCGCGGCAAUAAGAAAAAAGCAACAAACACAGUUCCAACGACUAUUGGACGCCCUUAAAACAAGACAAAUCAAAUUCGACGAUAUCCCAAACGACAAAGAUAUAACCGAGGAGCGCCUGAAGCCGAAGCUUCUCCCGCUAGAAGACCAUCCAGUCAGCUUAGACGAAAACAAUGUUUUGACCUGGCCCGCUGCGUUCUCCUACCCUGAGUUCCUGUUCAGUGAUUUCCAGCAACAAUUGAGUGAGGAUGUUACAAUGGACGAUUGUAUCAACUCAAUGUUUGCCGAAAGGCUCCCCUGUGAUAAGCAGGGAAAAUAUCGACCCGGAAACUUGACUGUUUAUUACGAAAAUAGGAAGGCGGCCAUGGUCCACAAAAUUAAUUUAAGGAAAACAAUCAGAGAAAUUCUUGAGGAGAAGGGUUUCUAUGUGACUGGUGGAAGUCUGUUGUUUUACGUUGUUCCGACGGGAAGUCGAGUUGAAGAAGAGUUCAUUCAUGAGCCCAGGAGGCCAAUGGCUUAUUUUUAGAUUAAGCUUCGUACAUUAAUUUUAAAUAAAGAAUUUUUCAUAAGA